GCGGGCCCUGGAAUGUGAAGAAUCGUGGAGGCUCCGGGUGCCCAGCAAAGCGGCGUCGCGGCCGAUGACAACAUUGGCCUGCGACGUGCUCGCUACAGGGCAGCGGUGGUAGCGGGAGCCAGAGCGCCAGCCAGCCGUGUUCGACUUGGCGGCCGCGGAGAGCGGCAGCCGUACUGGAGGAAGCGAACCGGCCCUGGCCCGCGGGCCGAGGGUACGGAGUUCCCGCCCCGCUGCGGGCCGAGACCCCGCGGCAGCUUACACGGGGUUCCCUUCGCCGAGGUUCCCUCUCAGUUGCCGCUGGUGACCGCGACCGAGAGAAGUUGGGGUCCGACCGGACGCCGCAGGGCUCCGGAGCCCGGCGUCGCUGCCAUCCCAGGGGAGCCUCCUCCCUGCGAGCCUCCCCUUCUAGGGCCCCGCAGCGGAUUUCCAGACUUAUAGGAUGGCUACACAUUAAUGGAAAGAGAAACCUAUCUUCUUCCAUUAUGGAGGCAGGUUUAGCAGAUGGAGAACCUGACCGGACUUCGAUUUUGCCACAUUCAGAAGUUGCUGAAGUCCAUGAUACACUUCUUGGUGAUAGCAAAGAUGUCCUUGGGCCAUCAACUGUUGUAGCAAACAGUGACGAAUCUCAGCUUCUGACACCAGGAAAGAUGAGUCAGCGCCAAGGGAAAGAAGCUUAUCCAACACCAACUAAAGAUCUGCACCCACCGACUCUUAGUCCAUCCAGCCCUCACAGUCAGGGUUUUGAAAGAGGAAAAGAAGAUAAUUCUCAAAAUAAAGAUGACUCUUCACUUUCUAUGUCAAAGAGCAAGUCUGAAUCUAAACUUUAUAAUGGCUCAGAAAAGGACAGUUCAACUUCAAGUAAGCUCACAAAGAAAGAAUCUCUUAAGGUACAAAAGAAGAAUUAUCGUGAAGAGAAGAAAAGAGCCACAAAGGAGCUGCUCAGUACAAUCACAGACCCUUCUGUCAUUGUUAUGGCUGACUGGCUGAAGAUUCGUGGUACCCUAAAGAGCUGGACUAAGUUGUGGUGUGUGUUGAAACCUGGAGUGCUCCUGAUCUAUAAAACGCAGAAAAAUGGUCAGUGGGUUGGAACAGUCCUUCUGAAUGCUUGUGAAAUCAUUGAACGUCCAUCAAAAAAGGAUGGCUUUUGUUUCAAGCUUUUCCAUCCUUUGGAGCAGUCUAUUUGGGCAGUGAAGGGUCCAAAGGGUGAAGCAGUUGGAUCUAUAACCCAGCCUUUACCUAGCAGUUACUUGAUUAUCCGAGCUACUUCAGAGUCAGAUGGAAGGUGCUGGAUGGAUGCUUUGGAGUUGGCUUUGAAAUGUUCUAGUCUUCUUAAACGUACAAUGAUCAGGGAAGGAAAGGAGCAUGACCUGAGCAUUUCAUCAGAUAACACACAUGUGACUCUUUAUGGCUUACUACGCGCCAACAAUCUCCACAGUGGUGACAACUUCCAGUUAAAUGACAGUGAAAUUGAAAGACAACACUUUAAGGAUCAAGAUAUGUAUUCAGAUAAAUCUGAUAAAGAAAAUGAUCAAGAGCAUGAUGAAUCUGACAAUGAGGUGAUGGGGAAAAGUGAAGAAAGUGACACAGAUACAUCAGAAAGGCAAGAUGACUCAUAUAUUGAGCCUGAGCCUGUUGAGCCUUUGAAGGAGACUACCUACAUGGAGCAGAGCCAUGAAGAACUCGGAGAGGCAGGUGAGGCUUCUCAAACAGAAACCGUGUCUGAAGAAAACAAAAGCCUGAUCUGGACUUUGCUGAAACAAGUGCGUCCUGGCAUGGACCUGUCCAGGGUGGUUCUUCCUACAUUUAUUUUGGAACCCCGUUCUUUCCUGGAUAAACUUUCAGAUUACUACUACCAUGCAAAUUUCCUGUCUGAGGCUGCUCUUGAAGAAAAUCCUUAUUUCCGUUUGAAGAAAGUAGUAAAAUGGUAUUUGUCAGGUUUCUAUAAAAAGCCAAAGGGACUGAAAAAACCAUAUAAUCCUAUCCUUGGUGAGACUUUCCGCUGCUUAUGGAUUCAUCCCAGAACAAACAGCAAAACUUUUUAUAUUGCUGAACAGGUGUCCCAUCAUCCACCAAUAUCUGCCUUUUAUGUCAGUAACCGAAAAGAUGGAUUUUGCCUUAGUGGUAGUAUCCUGGCUAAGUCCAAGUUUUAUGGAAACUCAUUAUCUGCAAUAUUAGAGGGAGAAGCCCGGUUAACUUUCUUGAAUAGAGGUGAAGAUUACGUAAUGACAAUGCCAUAUGCUCAUUGUAAAGGAAUUCUUUAUGGCACAAUGACACUGGAGCUUGGUGGGAUUGUCAAUAUUACCUGUCAAAAAACUGGAUACAGUGCAGUACUUGAAUUUAAACUAAAGCCAUUUCUAGGGAGUAGUGACUGUGUUAAUCAAAUAUCAGGGAGACUUAAAUUGGGAAAAGAAGUCCUAGCUACUUUGGAAGGCCAUUGGGAUAGUGAAGUUUUCAUUAAUGACAAAAAGACUGAUAACUCAGAGGUUUUCUGGAAUCCAACACCUGACAUUAAGCAAUGGAGAUUAAUAAGGCACACUGUAAAAUUUGAAGAGCAGGAUGAUUUUGAAUCAGAGAAACUCUGGCAGCGAGUAACACGAGCCAUAAAUGCCAAAGACCAAACAGAAGCUACUCAAGAGAAGUAUGUUUUGGAAGAAGCUCAAAGGCAAGCUGCCCGAGAUCGGAAAACAAAAAAUGAAGAGUGGGCUUGUAAGUUAUUUGAACUUGAUCCACUCACAGGAGAAUGGCAUUAUAAGUUUUCAGAUACCCGACCAUGGGACCCACUUAAUGAUAUGAUACAGUUUGAAAAAGAUGGUGUUAUCCAGACCAAAGUUAAACAUCGCACUCCAAUGGUUAGUGUUCCAAAAAUGAAACAUAAACCAACGAGACAACAGAAGAAAGUGGCAAAAGGCUAUUCCUCCCCAGAACCUGAUAUCCAAGACUCAUCUGGAAGUGAAGCUCAAUCUGUAAAACCAAGUACACGAAGAAAGAAAGGGGUAGACCUGGGAGACAUUCAGAAUUCCAUCGACUCUAUAAAGCUAACACAGGAGGAAGUUAAAAGAAAUAUUAUGGCUCUCCGAAAUCAUUUAGCUUCAAGUAGACCUGCCACGGAUUAUUUUCUGCAACAAAAAGACUACUUCGUCAUUUUCCUCCUGAUUUUGCUUCAAGUCAUAAUAAACUUUAUGUUUAAGUAGAAUUUCUCAGCAGUUGAGUCAAUGAACUAGAACGAUCAGAUUUGGCCUGGGACUAAUGUUAAAACUGAUUUGAUCUUUAUUUAAAGCAUCACACUAUUUCUGAAACAAACAAAAAACAUAGGAGAUAAAUGUAGAAGUAUCUGUCUACCGUUCACAUCUUGUAUACAUAACCUGAAACAAGACCUAUUCCAUUUGGUUAUUAAAAUGAGCUACAUGUUAAGUGCCAGGACAUUUCUAGCUCUUGUGGGAAUGUGUCUACAUGUGAGUAUAAUAAAUCCACAUGUGUACACAAGAACUCUUAUGCAACAGUAGCUUCUGUAUUCUACAGUUCUGAAAUGUACCAGUACCAUUGUUCAUAACAGAAACGCUGUCAAUGUUAUAAGUAGGUGUAUAGUGAUCUAUUUUCUUCAUAAGACUGGCAUACAACUUUUAUCAAGAAAUUACAGAUGGGGAAUGAUGGAAUAAUAGACAUUACGAAUAACUGAACACACUGUACUAUUAAAACCAUCUCCAGAGUACCCAGGUCAGUUAUCUUCUUAGAAGCACCAAGAAGAAAGCAUGAAUGGUUAAAAUUAAUAUAUUGUAAGAGACAGGUAGCAAUUUUUUUAAAGUUUACACAAGAUUUUUUUAACCCCUAUCUGUAUGUACUUGUGUGUGUAUAUCAAUAAUAAAAACUGGUAUGCAGGUCCAUGGAUCUAUUCACUCUAAUACCACCACAAGCACUUGCUGAAAAAGGAAUGCUUCCAAUUGGUUGCUGUCCUUUUUCUUGCUUUAUAGGUCAGCUAGCCCAUGACAUAAUCCAAAUUCUAGAGGUGUUUAUAGGGUAUAUGAAAUUCUGAUAAUUCAUUUUUUUUAAGAAAAACAGUUUAGCUUUGACAUAGCCACUAGUGUGCUCAAUGAAUAAGUAGAAUAGAAAAAAUUGUAACUAAUAUUUUACUUCAAAAGCCAAAAAAGAGAAAGGCAGUAAGAAAAGACACCGUGAUGGCCUUUACUUUAAGAACAUUAAAAUCAGUUUCUUUAAAAUGUGCAAUAAAUCAAAUAUUUAAGAGUAUCAGGUUCUGAAGUUUAUGAUCUCCCUUUGUUCCUUCUGUGGCAAAAACACAAUUCUUUAAGAUCCCUUUUGUUCAGUCUCAGGCAAUUUGUUUUUCCCCCUAAGGCUUUUUGCUUUUUUCUUCAGUUUAAUAUUUUGACUUUGUGGUUUUACAUAAAUAUUUAUUGUUGUCAAAAACAAUGUUUGAAAAGGUAAUGAGUAUAGGAACAUGUCCUAAAAUUUAUUUUAGGUUCUGGAAACUAUAGAUUUUAGAAAGAUUUAUAAAAUGAGAAAUGCAGAUGGAGAGCUGUUGCUCAGGCUGCACUUGCCUUUCACUAAGAAGAGGCCAUGAGAUACUCGGAGAAUCACAUCAGCUCUCUGUCCUGUAAUAAAUACAAAGCAAAGAAAUGAUUGCUGCAUUAUGAAAACUGAAAACCUGGGUUUUUCUAACCAAUAUAACUAUCUUAAGUAACCUUAGGUUUCUAUGAAGAGCCAUUUCCCAUAUAGCGUUAGCAAAACAAUGCUGUAUUUCAUAUGUACACAUAUUUUUAAAAUUUAUCAGCAUAAACAACAUGUACCUAUAUCCAGUAUUUCAUUAUUAUAUUAGAACCCAGGUAUUUUGGGUUGUAUUUCACAUUUGUCAAUAUUUUUUUUGUAUUUGCAUUCUACUACCGAUAUGCUCAACUGCCUAUUCACGGAUAUGUGAUAUUUUGUAAAUAUUGUACAACUUGAUCCUUUAUAUGAUUUAAAUUAGUAUUAAUUUAUAUUACAUGUAACUAGAUUGGUUGAUCACUAAAAGGCAUUUCAUUGUUAAACUCUGAAAUUUUAAAAAUUUUCCUGGUGGACCUACCUUGGGGUUUUGGUCUUAAUCCAUUUAUAUGUUAUUUUCAUUUGGCUUAAAUAGUGCUUUAUUUGUAUUGAUAUAAGACUGGAAAGGUAGUUGUUUUAUUUUUUUAAACUUCCUUUUAGAGCAGAUGUUAUGGAUUCUUACCCAAUGAGUCAGAAACUAAAAAGCAGGGUUAUUUGUGACUGUUUCUUACACACUAAAAGCAUAUGUCUAAUCAAAUACUUCUCUUAUGCUUUUAGUUGUGUGAGUUCUUUUCUAUGAACUGAAUACAAAACUCAGGAACUGGUGGAUUAAUUUUAGAUCAGUAGUUAUACUGGGCUUAGUAUGUAAAGCCUUUAAAAGGCAUAAUUUGUGUUUAGCCAUACUAUGUUCUUGACCUGAGAUUAAUCUUUCUUCAGACAUGGACUCAUAAUGUAUGCGAUUUACAGUUUCAGACUGUCUGAAAGCUUCAUGUGGUUUCUAGGACAAGUGACUUUAUGACCAGUUUUCUUCAUUUAUCCAAAAUAUUUUCUCACAUGAAAAUUUAAAUGAGUAGUAAUAAUUAUUGACAUUUUUAUUGUUUUUUAGUUGUUACAUGUACUAUAUCUUUAGUUAUUCCCCUCUAGUAAGAUAUUGCUGGCUAGGAAAAAACAAUAUAAGGCAGAAGUGUUAAGUAAGUUACAGCAGUAGAGAUUUUACUUGUAUUUCAUACCAGUACUUUUUCUGUGUGACUUAUAAAGGUACAGUGGUAAUCUUUGUCACAGCUCAGUUGACAGCUGCAUUCCAUUGAAAACUUGGCCUUGUAACAUACAAUCCUCAUUUACUAUUUCAUGCUUUUGUGCCUUUAAGAAAAUAUUUUUUGUCAUUUUGUGUUACGGAACCAUAAUGUGUUCAAAGUGUUCUUGGCUUAUUUGUCAUAAAAGGGUCAUUUCUCUGUGUAACUUUAUUUCCUUUUUAUAGCUGAAGAAUAUUUAACAGUGACGCUGUACUUUUAUAAGGGUUUGUCUAUUUACCUAUUUCACAUAUAUUCUUACUCAGACAUCAUUGAAGUAAACUUGUCAGAUUAUUCUGAGUAUUGUAAACAGUGCCUUUUGAUGGAAUUCAUACUAUUUGGAGUGUCAAGUUGUGCCAUUUUCACAAAUUUUUGUGGAAGGCAGUUUUAACUUUUUGAAGAAUGUCUUCAUCAAAAUUUAAGAAAACAAAUAUAUAAAAUUCAAUCUUUUUCCAAUGUUUAGCAUUUCUAGUCAGCAUCAAAUGGGUUUUUUGUUUUGUUUUAUAUACAGGGAUGAUAGCAUUAUUGAGCCAUACAUGAGAAUGCAGAUUAUUUUGAAUUAUGUUAAAUAUUAGCAUUUGUAUCCAGUUUUCUGAUUUGACCCAGUGGGGGGAACCUAAUAUAACUCAGUAAGUUUGCAUUUCAAGUUCCAUCUUAUUUGACUAUAAAAAGAGAUUCUUUAAAAUGUAUAACCUGCCACUAUUCCAUAAAUUGGUUUCAUUUUCUAUAUAUUGUGUGACUUUAGUAUAUUUGCUUUUGUUACAGUUAACACACUGUUUUGUUAGUUUUUAAUUGAGGAUGGACUGUUAAAAUUGUAUAGGACCAGUGUUUUAUUAAUAUGAUUAACAUAUUUAGAAAAGUUAGAGGAAACCCAUGACAAAAAUGAAUGUGAAUACUUUCUAAAGUAUUUAGAAAAAUUGGCUUCAUUUAUCAUGUAAAAUUAUUUUAGUAUUAUAAUACUGAUUAUUUUUUAAAAUGCCAUGAAACAUUUGAAUGAUCAGCCACAGAACAUAAGUUGAAUUUUUUUUCACUUUUUAGCAUGAUAAAUAUACAUUUAAUUUUAAGUACAUCACUUAAUGGCCAUUUAUAAAUUCAAACACUACCACUGGUCAGUUUCGUAUGAUAGAAUAAAAGUAUGUUACCUGCAGUGUAAGUACAGCACACUGUCGAAUUCUUUUCCUUAAGGUGCAUAGUAAAUGUAUAGAUAGUCACAAGCUACUGUUUUGUAAUGUAUUACAUUUCUAAUCUAUUAUUCUUAACCUGUAAUAAAUGUUUGCAGAAAGAAAAGUUUUUCUAAUGAUCUGUAAAAUUAUGUUAACUUCUACAAGUAGGCAUUCUAAAUAAACUUUUUUUUAAAAGA